AUGAAUAAUUCCAUUGCUAGGAUUGUUGAUCUACCUGAUGAAAUUUUGGUUACUAUUUUCAAAAAACUACAUAGUUUUGAUGUAUUAUAUUCACUUGUGGAUGUUAAUAAAAAACUCGAUAAAGUGGCAUGUGAUGUUACUUUCACUCGAUCUAUUGAUCUAACGACGAUAUCAUUAGAUAAAGCGGAUGAUUCAAGAAUUAAUGCUAUACUUGAUCGAUUUUGUAUGGGCAUAUUACCUCGAAUUCAAAAGAAGAUGGAAUGUCUUGCUAUUCAAGCAUGUUUCUUACAACGUGUUUAUCAUGCUAGCGAUUAUCUUAACUUACGCAGCUUUACUAUCGUCAAUCUUGAACUCAAAAUGACUCCUAAUAUUUUCUUUAGUAUGUCACUUGAUCACUCAAUGUUUAAUGAAUAG